AUGCAAGGUAGCCUGAGGUAUUCAUGUUACGUCAGUGCCUUCGAGGAUGGUUUAUGCAUGCAGUUGAAAUGUAGUCGCCGUCGGAAUCACCCAUCGUGUCAAAAGAAGGCCACUCGGCCCCAAGCUACCGCAUAUGCAACUAGGCGGAGAAACCGCGUGCUAAAACACGGCAGUAAGAGAAGUCGCGACUCGGAUCCACGCCGCAUCGACCAUGAAGAGCACGAGUCUGGCCCUUCCGAACCAGACACCUCAUGGCACGGUGCGGUGUUCGGGGACGGGUGCACGUACUGGCAUACGGAGCUGCUACAGCUCGUUGAGAAGUACAUCAAGCGCAAUCUCAGGCACGACAAUGGUGGUUUGCAUUUGGGUCGUGCCUACCUUGACCACCUGUCUUCGCUGCUCCUACGAUGCGUGUUCCGGGCCAAGCUCCAACAUGUCCACCGCGACAUCGACGAAGUGGUCAAGGUGCUGCAAGUGCCGCCGACGUUGCAUACCGCCCUCAAUAUCGAGGGGCGUCACGGGUUCGCGGUCUUCCCUGGCAUCUGCUUCAGGGGCCACCUAGCCCACCCGAGGAUGUGCCGCAACCUCGAAGGUUGCGACGUAUUGCUCCUGAAAUCGCUGCUAUCAAGAACGGUGACCGACUUGUCGCUAGAGUACAAUGACAUACGUGAUUUUGGGGGGGUACUGGGCUGUGUUGACGUGCAGGUGGAGCGCUUGUGCAGCGCCGGCGUUAAAUUGGUGCUCUGCAGCGGUUCCAUGUCUGCAGAGAUAAGCCAGAAGUUCCACAUGAGGGGUAUCAGUUGUGUGAGCAACGUGGAUUUUGAUGUGCUAUCCCAGCUGGCCUUGGCGCUGGCAAGGCCCUUGGUUGACAGCCUUGACAAAUGCUUCGAAAUUUCGAAGCACGUGGGGCGUAUCGAUAGCUUCCAGUUCGUCCAGAAAAGUGGCGAAAGCGUGGCAGCGAUAUCAGUCAACGCCAAUUUCCAUGGAUGCACCAUCCUGUACUCCACGUCCCGCCUCACCUGGGCCAAUUCGAUCCGAUUAAAGGAGCUGUUCAGCACAGCGCUGUUUCGUCUGCAGGGUGUGUUCGAGGAGCUCAUGUUCGUGAAGGACUUGGGAGGGAGUUUGGACGUCGGUAACGCGACAUGUUUUCACCUCGAAUCGGCCCGUGGCAUUCUGUCACGCAGGUCCAGCAUUUCCAUGGGAGCAGAGCCCACUUUGCAGAGACGCAACUCGUUAUCGUAUGUCCGUUCUCCGUGCUCUGUCAUUAGCGCCGGUGAUUCCAAUCCGACGCCGAGAUCCACCCUGACGGGGUCUGUGGUUUAUUCGCGGCGGAACCCAAAGUGCCGUUCAAAGCGCUUUCGGGACAUCGUGCGCGGAUCACAGCGUAUUGACAUUUUCAAAUGGGAUAGUCACAGGCGAAUCAACGGUCAUCAGGUGCAUCUCCAUUUUUCAGAUUGGUUAUCACAGCACCUGCUUGGGGUUCUCGUGCUGCCUACUGCGGUAGAGGACCAGGGCGACCCUGGCGGUAACCUCAAGGAGCAAUCGAUUUUGCACUGCUUCGAGUACUUCACCAAGUUCAGCGAAAUAUGCGGCAGCGUCACCCGCAGAACGGUGCCAGUCGGCAGGUAUACUGCCGGGUCCUUCGUGAGCGACUUCGUGCUCGCCUACGCCCGCCAUCUGCGUAGGGACAACUGCCUGUCGUCUGAAAGCUGCUCUGAACAACUUUCCAGACAUGUCAUGCACCUCGAAACGUCGAACGCUGUCGCCCCAGUGCAGCAUAAACGCCUUAGAGUGUUAGUGGACAACCGCGAUACUGGCCUGCGACCGGCAGAAAGCGGUUGCACCUUUUUCAUCCACACGCAUUGCCGGUCAUGCGGGAAGGCUGAUAUUCUGCCCGUCAACGACUUAACAUUCGGCCGGUUUGUGCACCUAUUGCUCUACAACCGGUGUUACACGUCGAGGUGUGGCCACAACCUGUUCGGCGGUCACGAUUUCUCUUUGCGGGCUGAACGGUUCACUCUGUACAUGCAAGUGGAGGACAUCACGAACUACCAAAUCGGCGCUUGGUUCGACUCCCAGCUUUUGAAUUGCGGGAUGGGUUUCAUGCCCCUAAGCUCGGCGGGCAUGAGCCUCCACAAUCGGCGUUUACUUCAGGUCUCUAGCAAACUGUUAAAGGUGUUUGAAGACUAUUCUGAUGUUGAUUUGGACACGAAUUUUGAAUCUUCUGAUGCCGUCUGUCGGGAUACGCCUAGGGGCCCCGCUUCUCCACGCCCACCCACGCCUGACUUCAACUGGGAACCCUACGACGAGCAGGAGAUGGACAUGCUCUAUCUGAAGGACCGUUCGUCGAUGCUUGGCUUGGCGCUGCGAAACCUAUUUAAGAUGCUCAAGGCGUGUCUACGCUCUCGCUUUGUUGCGUGCGCCUCCACCGUACGACUGGAGGACGUGUUGCCGUGCAGAUGCGAGUUGGGCGGCAACUCCAGCAGCCGGAAACUGGACAACCGCAACCAAUGGUCAUCUGAAUUCGUGAUGAAAUCGAUGCAGCAUCUCAUGCAGUUGUUCGAGGAGCGCAACGCUUUCGGCCUUUACUUGCACCCCCUGCUUUUAGAUGGUGUGGGCGCUGCCUUCGGUGGUGCAGGCUCCUUCGGCUUUUGUGGGAGGUGCCAGAAGGCCAAGUUCUCAAGCAUCGCUGACAUUGAGAUCCUGAAUUGGAUCUACAUUUUCACGGGCGUUGUGCGCUGUUUGGGCGUCAAACUGCACAAUCUCUCCUCCGCACUGCGGCAGAGCUUGACACCGCAAAAGUCGUCGGACAUCAAUAGUUCGUCACAAGCUGUUGCCCUAUCCACGACUGAGCACGAACGCGCUUCCAGUGUCUACAACAGAGUCAUAGGCAAGACCGUUGACGCGAUCGACGACUGCCUGGAGGGUAUCCGCAGCAUCUAUGAGCAAUGCGUUUCCCACCUGCUGUUUGCGCAAUUAUGGUGCCCCUUGGACCCGCUGCAUCUCCUCAUGACUGUCAGAUCGUUUUUCGUCGCGUUGACGUCGCUCUGCAGAUCAACUGUGCGUGUGAUUUCCAGGGUUCCGGGUUGGGCGCUGUUGAAGACCAUGCGAUUCAUUGACACAGGCACCAUUGUGGUGGCUCUUAAAACUACGGAUUGUGUUGGAAGCGUCGAAUCUGGAUCGUCUCAUGGUUCAAACGGUGCACUGCGAACACAGUCGGCAGGUAAUGAUGAGAGUGAAACUCGUAAGGGUGUCGGCGUUAACGGUCAAAGUGGCGGUGAAGCGAACGGUGGACCUUCUACAACGGGCACCGAUGACCACAAUGAGGUGCAUCACGAGGUGUGUGAUUCCGAUCCCUCACGACCUCAUAUCGUCAGGCAUGGUGAGGGUGCGACUCAAUCGUAUGCUUCGGCUCGUUUGACCCAUGGAGGCGACCCUCCUGACCCGCAUCGCCAUAUAAAAGAUGGAUUUUAUACGGUUUGGGGUGCUCAAAUACGUCCACAACGGCUGGUUCAAUCAAGUGGAAACCAGCAGAUGCGAGAUGCAGAUGAACCUUCGGUGAACGCUCUUUCUGGGAGUGGCGUGGCCACCUCGUGCACGGAUGCGAACCGAAAUUACACGUUGCCCCACUUUAUCCACUACGCUCUGAAUACUUCGAUAACUGCGGGAUUCGUUGGCCAAUCUGACGAGUGGUUUGGGUCGCCUUCCUCCUUGUGGCACAUGUUAUCCCGGAUGCGCAUCGGGUGCCCCAAGCGGAUGUCCUCUGUGGUCAGUUUGAGUUACGGCAUAGUGCACAACCUGCGUCGCGACGUAUGCAACGUCAUAUCCGCGGCUAUCAUGUCCCCAGAGUACCUUGAACAAUGCAGCUCCCAUUUCCAAGGCCCCGUGUCGGCCAAUUUGUGCAGCAUGGGAAAGUGCCUGCUGAACUACUGCAAAAACCAGAACUACAGCAUCAUGGCCAACAUCUCGUGUGGGCCGCACAGGGAUGAUAUAUUCGGCGUGUCUGUAGAGGGUUCCCACUCCGCCGUCUCUGCUCAGGCCAACCGGCGGCAUGGAGGGCUGCUCAUGGAUUCUCUGGUCCUCCGUUACCUGAAGCGCCAUUCCCAUCUCAUUUCUUUCUUAGUGAAUAGUGCAGACUGUGCUGUACGUUUGCGUGAAAUUGAAAUGGAUGGCGCGUUGGUUGUGCGCAGAUGGGAUGACCUUCAUUCAUCACUACCAAGCAGCCCCUGGUGCUCAAUGGCUGGGUCUGCGUCGGAGCUAAGUUGCGCCAACUUGUUGUGUUUCUGGAAGUCUUUACGGGUAAUAGGUGACGAUCCACUGCUUUGUGUUUCUAAAGAUAGCGCGUCGGUCUUCUGUCCUAUCACCAGGCCGUGUUACGGCACGCCAAUCGUAUGCUGCAGCAAUCGCCUCUCCCGCUACCAAUGGAGCAAACACGAGAAAGUGUUUGGCCAGGUCCCCGUAAUGGACCAUGCGAUAAAGCUGCUGAGAGGGAACAUGGCAAGCAAACGAGACGUGCUCCGCACCGUAGUUGAUUGGACGUGCAGGCAGCUGGAGUCAGCUUGCUACCAGCGGAGCCGCACCCACGCCAUGGUGGCAUACGUGGAGUCGCAGGUUGGUUUCAUAUGCAAUCGCGAGUUCUGUCGAGUUCAAGUAACUGGAGAUGCUGAGUUGCCCCUGGCUGCAUUCACGGUCGAGCCCUUUGCACCGGGUGGCUACACGCCGUGUUCACCCUUCUUCCAAGAGUCCCCCUGCAUCGGUCUAUCUCCAGGACGCCAGUAUUUCACACUCAGCUCCUUCAGCUCGAGAGACGGUGAUUACGUGGGCUUGAUUCGCGGGACGUCCGCCGUGGAGCCCGUCGUGCCGAUGCCCGCCGCCAAGGUAGGUGGCGCAUUUGAGCGCCACCGGGUCCCAGCCGGCAAAGACCUCUCGAGAUGCACCUUUAUCACGCUCACGUCUGCGCACACGAACUGCGACGUUACCCUGCACUACCCCGAGGCCUUCCACAGCCUGCGCCACCUUUCGUGCGGCGACGAUACGAGCUUCGCCAGGUCGCUCUGCCGCUCGUCGCGUCUCCGGUGCUCCGGCGGCAAAAGUGGCGCCCCGCUGUUCGUGUCGCACGACGGAAAGUUCAUCUUGAAACUGCUCAACAAAUACGAGUUCCAGCUCUUCGUUGACAGUGGCGCUCGUUUCUUCGAACACGUGUUGGGUGGAGGCACGCUGCUGAGCAUCCCGCUGGGGCUGUUUUCCAUCCGCUACAGGAGCAGCGGCAACACCGUGCGCUGCCUGGUGAUGCAGAACGUGGACCACGUGCUCCUUUCGCACAAGUUGACGUUCGACCUGAAGGGCAUCUCGUUCAAACGGUGCGUCAACCUCAGCCCCAACAAGCAUUCCUCGACGGCGUUUACCGCCUCCGGCAGACCCACGCUAUUGUACGACAAUACGUCCGAAGAGAGUGCUGAUGUGCCAAAUCAGGUGGUGCUUUUGGACCAGAAUUUCAAGGACUUCACCAAUGGGUGCCCCAUCCGGCUGGAGGAGUCGUCCCUUUUGCGCAUCCUGGAUUUCGUACAACGGGAUCUGACCUUCCUGUCGCAGCUCGACGUUGUGGACUACUCGCUGCUGCUGCGGCUGUACCCUGCGGAAGGGGUUGUGGUGCUGGGGAUAAUCGACUACCUGCGCCCAUACACGUGGGACAAGCAGAUCGAGACCAUCGGGAAGAAGCUGGCCAACAUCGCAAUCGGCCAGGAGCCGACGAUAGUCUCCCCUGUGGAGUACCGCUCGCGGUUCAUGCGCUUUUUCUCGCGCAUUUUCUGGUUGUCGCCCGAGGUAGAGGAGCGCGCCCCAACGCCAGUCCGCGUCCCCAAGCCCGUUAGGCGUGCCCCGCCGGUCUGCAGGUGCACGGUGUGUGCGGCCCUCGCGUCGCUGUACACAACCCCUUACGUGACGUCGCUGUCGCACUACAUGCUGGGCACCUCCCCUCUGGCCAAGCGCUAUCUGCGCAGCCUCAUCGCCAGCAGCACCCCGUGCAUGUCUACCGCAGAAGCUGCGUACGAGCUUGCUAAGCUGCUGCGAACCAUCUACGACGAUGCGGUGCUGGACGUUCGGUACAGCAGCGUGUGA